AUGGCUUUCUCAGACAUGAUGUCUUAUAACAGCAUGAAGCAACCUUUACAGGAUUACCAGGCACCGAAUCAGCUUCAUUUCAAUCCUUACGACUUCAAUGGCGGCACCAUCUUGGCCAUCGCUGGAGAGGACUAUGCUCUGAUAGCUACGGACACCAGACUGAGUCAGGGUUUCUCUAUCCACUCUCAUGACAACCCAAAGACGUAUCCUCUGUCCAGUAAAACAGUUCUGGGAUGUUGUGGUUUUCAUGGAGAUGUUCUGACACUGACUAAGGUCAUUUCAGCACGACUGCAGAUUUUUGAGAAGGAUCACAACAAACAGAUGCCGACGUCUUCUGUAGCUGCCAUGUUGUCCACUAUUCUCUACUAUCGCCGCUUCUUUCCUUACUACACCCACAACCUGGUUGCAGGACUGGAUGAUGACGGGAAAGGCUGUGUGUACAGCUUUGAUCCUGUAGGAUCCUACGAGAGGGAGGUCUUCAGGGCCAAGGGCUCAGCAUCGUCCAUGCUGCAGCCCCUGUUGGACAACCAGAUUGGUGGCAAGAAUCAACAAGGUUACGUUGCCCAGCCUUUGCCCUUAGAAAGAUGUGUGACUCUGGUGAAGGACGUGUUCACCUCGGCAGCCGAGCGAGACAUUUACACCGGAGACAGCGUGCAGAUCUCCAUCAUCACCAAGGAUGGUAUUAAGAAUGAGCGGUUUCCUCUACGUAGAGAUUGA